AUGCGCCUGCUCAACACCACGACCAUAACAUUCGAGGAGUGGGAGGUCACAGAAGUUCCUCCUUACACAAUUCUCUCACAUGUUUGGGGCGAGGAGGAAGUCUUGUACCAAGACAUCAUCGACAAGACAGCCGAGAAAAAGAAAGGAUACGGCAAGGUGUUUUACACCUGCCAACAAGCCAGCAACGAUGGCUACGACUGGGCGUGGAUCGAUUCGUGUUGCAUCAACAAAACAGAUGGCGUGGAGCUUUCUGAAGCAAUCAACUCCAUGUACAAGUGGUACCAAAGCGCGGACGUCUGCUACGCUUAUCUCAUAGAUGUAGAGUUGCUGAAUCCGCUCGCUCUAGAGCCGAACCCCGUUUGGCUGGGCGCAGCAGAAGCUCGGCGAAAAGAGCCGAGGUGGUCGUUCUACGAGGUCAACUUCACUUAUUCUGCCUGGGAGCUUGACGGAGACCCUGUGACCGAGAUCGCCCCACGAUGGCAGUGGACAAGCGCCAGCGGAUCAGGAAACCGGGCUCGGGAUGCUCACGACUUCCUGCAGGAGUUUUCACGGAGCACAUGGUUCACUCGGGGAUGGACGUUACAAGAGCUAAUUGCACCACGACAAGUUGUGUUCUACAACAAAGGAUGGACCGAAAUCGGAACACGGAAGAGCCUCAAAGAGCAUAUUGCCAAGGUCACAGGGAUUGAAGUCAGUGCCUUGCUGGGUGGUACGCAGAUACUCAGGAUGCUUCCCGCGGCACUGAAGAUGUCUUGGGCAUCAAAUCGCUACACGACGAAAGUGGAGGACAUCGCGUACUGUCUGUUAGGCAUCUUUGACAUCACGAUGCCGCUCUUGUACGGCGAAGGCCUGACGGCAAUGACGCGUCUCCAGGAGCUCAUUUUCCUGCAGACGGAGGACUACAGCUUGUUCCUUUGCGAAAAGGACUAUCGAGACCUGCAUUCCACGUUCGCACUCACACCGCAUUCGUUCCAUCGCAAUAUCCAGGCAAGCGUCCCGCAGUGGGCAGGUCUUAGUGGCAACCGGACACGCGUCAUCGACUUCAGAAACAUCUACAUGCACACCAGCAGCCUCGCCAACUUCGAGCCACCAAGUCUCAGCCAUGCGCGUGGCAUGAAAGUCACGAUCGCGAAGAAAAUAGUCACGAAGGAUGAGAAGUGGACCUGGGACGGUGCAAAUGCGGUAGUUUGGACCUACUGGUGCCUUCGCCAUGAGAGCGAAGAGUAUCUAUUGUGCCUCGACUUGAACACGAAAGGUACCCUGCGAGAAAAAUACGAGAUCGGCCAUCGACUCGACACAAUUGCUCUACGAAAUCAAGGAGCCGAUGACCUGUCGAGACCACAGCAGAUCGAUAUGCAGGCAACUGCAACAGACACAUGGUCUCGAGCUUGGUACACGCCCAUUCUUGUACCAAGGGACUACUACAACAAGUUUGUCGAAGCCAAGAUGUUCCUGCGGACACGUCCCAUUGACCAGAAGCGGCUUGGACUUAGUCCGGAUAAGUACGAUCCAGAAAAUACCUGGGCGCUGGCAGGCUUCCACGGAAGACCCCUUAUCUGGUUUCUCCCUCAUGAUCCCUGA